AUGUAAAAUAAUUAAAUCAUUUACUCUUAACCUCAAGAAAAAAGAUCAUUAUUAUCUAGAUUGUGUUCUUGUUUUGAAUAUUUCAAAAAGAAUCCUAAGUUAGAGAAUUAAUAUCAUCCAGAAAUAGAUAGUCCAAAAUCUUCAUUUAUUGUAUGAGACUGGGAUUUUUAUAUAGGGUCAAAGGAAAAUAAUUGUUUUGGAUUUAGAUGAAACAUUAGUGCAUAGUUAAUUUUAACAUUUUGAUUCUUAUGAUUUGGCUCUUGAUGUAAUCGAUAUAUUAGAACUAGAUUGUUGUUUAAUAACAGAAUUUUAAGGUAUUUGUUAUUGUUCGUCCUGGUGUUAAACAAUUCUUUGAUUAACUUAAUCAUUUUUAUGAUAUUAUAUUAUGGACAGCUAGUUUAAAGGAAUAUGCCAUGCCUGUAAUGGAUUAUAUUGAUCCAGAUAGAAAAGCAAUUGAAAGAUUAUUUAGAGAUAGUUGUACACCUUUAAAAAAUGGUUUAACUAAGGAUUUAACUAAGUUGGGAAGAGAUCUUAAAGAUAUUAUUAUUGUUGAUGUACUAAUAAUAUUAUUUUAACAUUUAGAAUUCAGUUUUCUCUUUUAUUAUGAAUCCUGAGAAUGGAUUUAAGAUUAAGGAUUUCUUUUAUGAUAAAUCUGAUAAAGAACUAGAAACAAUAUUGCCUUUUUUAAUUUGGAUAUCAUAAGUAUGGUGAUCAACUACUAAAUAAGUUGUCUGAUGUAAGACCAGUUUAAAUACAAUAUGGAGAGUUUUAAAAUAGAAAGAGAUUAGAAAAAAAGAGUGAUGAAUAACAAAACUUAUAUGGAAUAUCAAAAUCUGUAACGAUUGAAAGAAAGAAAAUUAAUAGGAAGAGUUUUAUAAAGACUUUGACUGAAUAAGUAAUAGAUAGAAGAGGAAAGGAUGAUACUAAUGAAAGUGAUAAAGAAACCUUUGAGAUUGGUAAUUGA